AAAAAAAAAAAUCGUUUCGAAAAAAAGCUUCGACAAUGAAGAAGAAGACGAGUAGAGAGAAGAAGCUACUGGGAAGUAGCAGAGAUGAUGAGGAGCAAAGAGUCUACGAAGGAAAUAUCGACAGGUCAAUGGCUUUCAUUCCGGAAAAGUCAAACUCAGGCAAAACGAAAUUUGGUCCUGUAAAGAUUAAGAAGCCAGUUAAGACGAAAUUACCUCGAUCUCAAGACAUCACUUUUACUGGAUCUGGCUCCGGCUCCAAUGUGUUAUACACAUUGCCAGGCAAUAUUGCAACGAAAUUAUAUCCACAUCAGAGGGAAGGGCUUAAGUGGCUUUGGUCACUUCACAUAAAAGAAAAUGGUGGUGGUAUUUUAGCAGAUGAUAUGGGCUUAGGGAAGACCUUUCAGAUGGCUAGCUUUCUCUCUGGAUUAUUUCAGUCGAAACUUGUAGGACGAGUUCUCCUAGUAGCUCCCAUCACGUUACACCCCCAAUGGAUCUAUGAAUUAGAUCGUGUGGGAUUGAAAGAACUCACUAAGGAAUACCAUGGCACUUCCAGGAAAGCCCGGGAACAGAAUCUUAACCACGUUCUGCAGGGUCAAGGUGUUCUUAUCACAACCUAUGAUAUGGUACGGUGCCAUACCAAGGCAUUGCAAGGUACCAAAUGGGAUUAUAUGAUUCUUGACGAGGGACAAGCUAUUAAGAACCCUGAAACCCAAAGGACCAAGAGUUUGCAUGAGAUUCCAAGUUCUCACAGAAUAGUAAUAACUGGUACACCCCUGGAGAACAAGCUCGAGGAAAUUUGGGAACUUUUCAACUUCACGUGCCCUGGCCUCCUUGGUGACAAAAAAAGCUUUAAGCAAAGAUUUCAAGACCAUAUUGUUAAGCAGAGUUACAAAAGUUCUUCUCUUAAAGAACAAUCAAAAGGGUCAACUGUAGCAAAGAUCUUCAGGGAGGAAAUUCAACCUGUCUUAUUGCGCCGACUAAAGAAGGAUGUAUUUGGCGAUGAUGCUGGCACAUCCAGACUCCCAAACAAGCAUGAACUUGUAAUAUGGCUUCGUUUGACUACUUGCCAGAGGCAACUAUAUGAAGAUUUCUUAAAAAGAAAUAUUGUUCUGUCAGACUUUGAUAGUACAUCUGUAGCAGCUCUGACCAUUCUGCAAAAAAUCUGUAACCACCCUCUCCUCUUGCCUAAGGAGACAGUUUUUACAUCAGAAGAAGCAGGAAUGUCCUGCAAACUGGCUUUUCUAAUCUCACUAUUGGGACAAUUGAUUCCGGAGGGUCACAGGGUUUUAAUCUUUUCACAUUGGAGCCAAAUGCUCAAUUUAAUUGAGGAGUCUCUGACCUCCAACAAUUUCUCAUAUUUGAGAAUUGAUGGUGGUCAAAAACCCUCUCAGAGAUUGAAGACGAUUACAGACUUUCAAGUAGGUUGCGUCGCUCCAAUUUUUCUUUUAACUUCACAAAUAGGUGGGGUCGGCCUUACUCUCACUACAGCAGACCGUGUGAUAGUGCUGGACCCUUCCUGGAAUCCAAGCAUGGACAAUCAAAUCAUCGAUAGGGCAUACAGAAUAGGCCAGAAGAAUGAUGUAGUUGUUUAUAGGUUGAUAACCUCAGGAACGGUUGAAGAAAAAGUAUAUAGAAAACAGGUAUUCAAAUCAACUUUGUUUAAAACUGUUACUGAGGAUAAAGAACUAUUCCGCUACUUCAGCGAGAAGGACCUUAAAGAAGUUUUCAUUAUUACCAAAGGAGGAUUUGAUGUAUCAGCCACACAACAAAUGCUAUACAAAGAGGACUGUAAGCAGAUCAAACUGGAUGAAACUCUAGAAUCCCAUGUAAAGUUUCUUGAAACUCUUGGCAUAGCUGGAGUUAGCCAUCACAGCUUACUUUUCUCCAAGACACCUCCUGUUCGAGCGAUGCAGAAAUAUGAAGAAGAAGAAAUAAGGAGAGGAACAACGUCGUCCUUGGGAAACCGAUCCUCAACUAUUUCACAAGACAUCGUAAUCAAUGGGGCUGACUAUGCUCACAAACCAAAGGAUGUGAUAUAUGCGAAUUUGUUGAAUAAGACAGUCAACAGUUCCCCAGUCGAAGAGGAGGAAUUCUCGCAAAGCUACAUUAAAGAACGGAUCAGGCAUUAUUCGUAUCUAUUCAAGUGUGUCAAAGAUGAUAUUGGUGAUAAAGGGGCCAAGAUUCAGACAGAGAUUGAUAAAUGGACUCGAUUGUUAAAACCACCCCCACCACCGCCAAAAGAGCAAGAGAUGGUUGCACCACCACCGCCGCAUAGGCCAGGACCAAUAGCUUCUUCAUCUCGUGUUGCUGCUACGGGCCUUGCUUUUCCACCCCCACCUCCUGUGGCACCGCCGCUUCCACCAGGACCACCUCCUGUGGCACCGCCGCUUCCACCAGGACCACCCCCGUGUUCAACAUAGAAGAAUCAAGAAACACCCCAUAGUUAAAAAAAAAAUAUAUGUUUAAUUAGUCAUCGGUGAUAACGAGAGAGAAGGAAAGAAUAAGAAAAAAAAAAAAAAACGUGUAAUUUUUUUUGGGUUUUCUCUAAUAUUUUACCCAGUCAUAUUGUGACACAUAUGGUUUUGUCAGAGUUUACAUCUAUUAUUUUUUCUUUUUCGGCCAA